CUAGUUUCACUUAGUACUAAUUUCUAACCACACUCACAAGUAUGAAACAGUUUUAUUUCCUCUGUAUGUUAUGCAUAGCUUCAUUCGGUGCAGUUAUCAGUACUAAAAAAUAUGACUCCAUUUUUAGUUUUGGUGACUCCCUUGCUGACACCGGAAAUUUCAUACGUACGGGUGCCCUUGCAUUCCCCGUCAUUGCUGAUCUUCCUUAUGGGGAAACAUUUUUUCGACGAGCAACUGGUCGAUGUUCGAAUGGACGCCUAAUAGUUGAUUUUAUAGCUGAGGCAUAUGGAUUACCCUAUCUACCACCAUAUCUCGCAAUUGAGGAGGGCCUCACGCAUAAAAAUGGGGUGAAUUUUGCUGUUGCUGGUGCUACUGCACUUGACGCGAAGUUUUAUGCUGACAAAAAGCUAGGGCACGUUCUAUGGACGAACAAUUCCUUAAGUGUUCAACUUGGCUGGUUCAAGAAGCUAAAACCAACCAUAUGCCAUACCAAACAAGAAUGUGACAACUAUUUCAAGAAGUCACUGUUUCUGGUUGGAGAGAUUGGUGGAAAUGACUACAAUUACCCUGCUUUCGGUGGUGGAAGCCCUGAAGAGCUUAAAGCAUUAGUGCCCCUAGUACUCGAAAAGAUUAUCUCAACAGCUGGUAUGCUGAUCGCGGAAGGUGCAGUGGAGCUUCUUGUUCCGGGGAAUUUGCCCAUCGGUUGCAGCUCAGUGUACUUGACAAUAUUCCAAACUCCAGACAAGUCUGCGUAUGAUCAAUACGGGUGCCUGAAAGCACAUAACAGUUUUGCACAGUAUCACAACAAUCAACUCAAGCUUGCUCUGGGAAGAUUGAGAAAGAAAUAUCCACAUACUAAGAUCAUGUACGCAGAUUACUACAAUGCAGCUAAGCAAUAUGUUCACACUCCACGCCAUCAUGGAUUUACGAAUGGAGUUUUAGUUGCAUGUUGUGGAGGAGGAGGACCCUUUAACUUCAACAAUACAGCGAGGUGUGGGCACACCGGCUCCGAAGCAUGCACUAAUCCAUCUACUUAUGCUAACUGGGAUGGGAUUCACUUGACCGAGGCAGCUUAUGGUUAUAUAGCUAAGGGUUUGAUUAAUGGCCCAUUCACUAUACCACCUAUCUAGCAAAGACUUUAAAACUAGUGCAAGCUUUACGAGCGUAGCAACUAUUGAUUGUCACGAGCUGAGGUUCAUUUUCAACCCAAAUAUUCUGUACGCUAAUUCGGAUAUUAUAAUAAAAUGAGUUUAUAGUUAAAACUGAAAA